AUGAGUACAAUGAAUAUACGGAAUACAGUAAUGAAAGCUAUAGCUUGGCCUGCUGUUACUUGGAUGCUGGCAGCAUUAUAUUGCAGUUCUAUGAAGAAUCCCAAUCUCCCUGCCUGCUCACUAAAUGUGGAAUCUGCGGAAGGCUACCUGCAGGAGGGGGACAUCAUGCUUGGGAUCCUCCUAGAUAUAUUUACUAUGAGAAACACAGAGCGGGAAACCUUUAAGGAACAACCUAAGAAAGACUUUGUUACCUUGUUUAUUUCCUCCCUCCAGUAUUAUCGUCACUUUCUGGCUGCCAUUUUUGCCAUUGAGGAAAUCAACCAGGACCAGAACAUUCUGCCUAAUGUGACCUUGGGAUUCCAUAUCCAUGAUUCCUGGGCCAAUGAGAGAAAAGCCAUUAGCAGUACAUUUAGUAUGCUGACAGGGAGCAGUGAUUAUGUGCCUAACUACAAGUGCACCCAGAACAGGAUUCCCAGUGCAUUCAUAGGGCACCUACUGUCUUCUGUAUCUAAUGUCAUGUAUCAGAUCACUAGCAUCUAUGGCUUUCCACAGGUUAGUUACGGAGCUGUGGAUCCUGCAUUCAGUGACAGAAUCCGCUUCCCAUUAUUCUAUCGAACAGUGCCAAGUGAAACUGCCCAGUACCAAGUAAUCAUCCAGCUCAUCAAGGCUUUUAAUUGGAACUGGGUAGGGAUGAUAUCCUCUGAUGAUGAGACGCACCAGAAAGCCAGUGAAGGGAUGAAGACUGAGAUCAUUAAUAAUGGAAUCUGUGUAGCUUUCCUUGUACAGAUUGGUGACACUGAUGGCAGAAGUUUUUACUUUGCUUUGCAAAACAUAAAGCAGUCAAAUACCAGUGUUGUCAUAGUGUAUAGUAAAUUAAUUAACUUUUUGAUGUUAAGUAUGAUUCUUCCAUCUACACAUUUCUCUACUAAUGUGGUGUGGCUAAUACUAUCUCCUUUGGCAUCAGCAACAGAGAGGCAAUAUCGUGAGUUUAAUGGAUCCCUUGCUAUACUCUUUCGUCAAGGAAACAUUCCAGGUCUAAAAGACUUUCUUUACAAGGCUGAUUCUUCAAGGUUUCCUAAAGACCCAUUUACUGCUGCAGUUUGGUUAGAGGUGUUUGGUUGUCACUCUGAACAAGCCUUUCCUAAGUCUCCAUUCAGAUCCUACCGUAUAUGCAAUGCCAAUGAUACAUUAAAGCAAUAUGAGAAUUAUGGAUAUGAUACAAGUAACUUUAGAUUAACAUACUUUAUGUACAUUGCUGUAUAUGCUGUGGCCCAUGCACUCCAUGCCAUGUAUACUGAUAAAACCAGUGGUGGAACCAUCUUGCAUUUUGAUACAACAAUAAAUCCACUGAAGCCAACACAGUUAAACAACUUCCUCAAGAAAAUCCAUUUUGAUAUGCAUUUUGAAGAAGACAUUUUCUUUAAUGAGAAAGGAGUAGUUCUGGGGCAUUUUGUUAUAAUAAACUGGAACAUUUUCCAUAAUGGAACAGUGACUACAAGACAUGUUGGGACCUUCAAUUCAUCUCAGUCUCCAGGACUCGCCAUUGACAAAGAGGCCAUUCUUUGGCCGUCUGAUUUUAAUGGGAUCCCAGUCUCAAGGUGCAGUGCCAGCUGUCUCCCUGGUUUCAGGAAAACAUUUGUGGAAGGAAAACAAGUUUGCUGUUAUCAUUGCGUUCGAUGCUCAGAAAGUGAAAUAUCCCCAUUGCCAGACAUGGAAAAUUGCAUAAAAUGCCACGAAGACCAAUGGUCCAAUGAGAGUAGAGAUAAAUGCAUUAUGAGAACCAUUGACUUUCUUUCUUAUAAGGAUUCUCUUGGUGUGGCCCUAACCACCACUGCUCUAGUUCUGUCUUUUUGCUCAGCUGCAGUUUUCUGUAUCUUCUUAAAAUACCGGAAAAGCCCCAUUGUGAAAGCCAAUAACCAGGAGCUCAGUUACAUUCUUCUUCUUUCCCUCAUGCUAUCCUUUCUUUGUUCCUUACUAUUUAUUGGAAGGCCUACAAAGGCCACCUGUUUGUUGAGACAAACUUCGUUUGGGAUCAACUUUGCUAUUUGUAUUUCUUCCAUCUUGGGGAAAACCAUUACUGUUAUUAUUGCCUUCACUGCCACUAGACCUGGAAGCCGGCUCAGGAACUAUGUUGGUACCCGGGUCCCUAAAUACAUUCUUCUACUAUGUACACUUCCUGAGGUUUUCAUCUGUGCACUUUGGCUCAUAAUCUCCCCCCCAUUCCCUGACUAUGACACUCACUCUGCAACAGGAAAGAUCAUUUUGCAGUGCAAUGAGGGAUCACCUAGUGCAUUCUACAUAAUGGUUGGUUACAUUGCCUUGUUGGCUUUUGUGAGUUUCUUUGUUGCUUAUCUUGCCCGUAAAUUACCAGACAUAUUUAAUGAAGCACAAUACAUAACCUUCAGCAUGUUGCUGUUCUGCAGUGUAUGGAUCUCCUUCAUCCUGGCCUAUGUGAGCACCACAGGCAAAUAUUUAGCAGCGGUGGAGAUAUUUGCCAUCCUUGUUUCCAGUGCAGGACUUCUUGGCCUUAUAUUUAUCCCUAAGUGCUAUAUUAUCUUGAUUAAACAACCCGUUAUUACUAGACAUAAUUAA